AUGGACAGUACUUACAAUUAUAUUCAUUGGGAAAAAUCAGAUUUACCGGUGGUAGCCAUUGAUUGGGUCGCCAACAAACUUCCUGAAGAACCUGUGAUAGUUCCAGAAGCAUGGAAGGAUACUAGUGCUGAAGAUCUCGAACUUGAAAUCAAGAAGAAACCAAAGAAAAUACUUGGUGUCAUUGUCAUGUAA